CUCACCGAAAGAACUACAAGCAGCCUCCGCGCUCCCUGCCCCGGCCCGACCCGCCCCGGCUCUCCGCUGCUUGCUUUACGGGACAGGAAAACUUCCUGGAUGACCCACUAACCACAACAACAGGAGCCGAGUCGCCUGUCCGUGUCAGGGACGGAGACGCUUGUCCGCUGCGGUUGUAGCCACUUAGCUCCGGUUAGCUCAGUACGCAGCGAAACACCUGCUGUAAACGGCUAAUCUGCUGUUAGCACGCUACCUGUUCGUCCAUCCAGCUCCGUGACAGCAGCGGGACUCCGCUUCCUCUCCUCCCCGCUAGCAGCCGCGUCAGCCUGGGUCCUCGUCCUCUCACGCUGCGUCAGUCAUCGUGAGUGAUUGGAGACAGUGAGACUGGCAUCUGUCGAUAAGCACACACACACACACAAAGGGCCAAUCGAACGGUCAAGGAUGACCAUGGACGACAUGAAGAAUGAAGCCGACGCCUCCUCAGUAGUCUCCAUGGCUCUGUACACUGUGAUGUAUCCCGUCUUUAACCAGUUGGAGCAAGUCAACCUAUCAGCAGCGCAGACCUUGAGAGCAGCUUUUAUGAAGGCAGAGAAAGAGAGCCCAGGUCUGACCCAGGACAUUGUCAUCAAAGUUCUGGAGAAGAAGAAAUUAAAAGUCAACUACAGUGAGUCUCUACUGCGCAUGGCUUCAGACGAUGUGGAAGAGUUCAUUAUUGACAGGCGAGAGCCCGAGUUCCAGGAGCUGAACGAGAGGGCCGGAGCUCUGAAACACAUCCUCAGCACCAUACCAGAUGAGAUCAAUGACAGAGUGGCCUUCCUGCAGACCAUCAAAGAUAUUGCCAGCGCCAUAAAGGAGCUGCUAGACACCGUUAACACCGUCUUCAGGAAAUACCAGCAUCAGAACCGACGGGCACUGGAGCAGCAGAAGAAGCAGUUUGUGAAAUACUCCAAGAGCUUCAGCGACACGCUCAAAACCUACUUCAAAGACGGAAAGGUGAUAAACGUGUUUGUCAGCGCCAACCGGCUCACCCACCAAACCAACAUGAUACUGCAGGCCUUCAAGACCUCGGCGUAGCAGCCGGAGAAGACACGCACACCGAGAGGCAAAGAGUUGACAUGAGGCUGUGUAAUUUGUAAAGACGUUGUCUUAUUUUGAGCUGUUUAAUUUAUUGUUUUAUGGUUUUGCGGGGAGAUCAGGUAAUUUGAGGUUCAAAGGAAAUGAGGUUGACGGUAAUUACCAGGGAUUUUUACUCUUUUUAUGUUGCUCUUUUAUCAGAUCAUAAGUCCGUAUUUCAUUAUUCCUUUACAUAGUUCACUCUCUGUUCAGUACAAUGUAGGUCUCAAAGCAGUAUAAGGAAAGUGUGAUUAUUUUCAUGUCCUUUAAUGUUUUAAAUACGUUAAUGAAUGUCUUUCAAAGUUACAAUAAAAUGAACUGGCACUCUGUUUCCAGACUUAACCACAAA